AUCCUCGCCAACAUUAUGGAUUUCAAAACAUGGUUUAUUUUUGGAGCGAUUUUGGCUUGCACGUCAGCAAAAGCUGUUUCGAGACGAAGAAAAAAUGCUCUUUAUCAAACAACUAAAGGAAUGAACCAAUUCGCGGUAGAUUUAUACAAGAAAACGGCUAAAUUACAUAAAGGUAAUCUGAUAAGUUCACCCUUGAGUACAGGGAUUGCAUUAUCAAUGGCAGCUUAUGGCGCCCAGGGUGCCACGGAAUAUGAAAUGAAGUCUAAUUUACAUUUGCCAGUAGACGAUAAGCUAGGGCAAAAGGGUUUCCUGUCACUUAUUACGGCAUUGCAUAAAAUAAAAAAGGUCAAUCUUAAGUUAGCGCAAGGGUUGUUUAUCGACCAUCACUUGAAUGUCCAUCGGGAAUUUAGUAAUAUGACCAAAAAUGUCUUCAAAUCGCCUACAAGAAGACUUUACUUUGAAAAACCCGAGUAUACAGCUCAAUAUAUCAAUAACUGGUGCAAAAGAUUCACCAAAAACCUGAUUAAAGAUAUCGUUCAACCUGAAGACAUCAAAAAAGGCUUUUCAAUCCUCGUAAACGCAGUUUAUUUCAAAGGAUCUUGGAAGUCGCCGUUUAAAACCGAACACACCAGUCUGCAACCAUUUUUCACUAAUUCAAAAACUUACAAGUACGCUCCAAUGAUGUACCAAAAAAGUAGGUUUAAUUAUGGACUUCUCGCUGAAGGAAAGGCUGUUUACGUCGAACUUCCUUAUGAUACUAGCAAUCCCGGCCAUUCUCUGAGUAUGUUUGUAAUUCUACCGAUAAAAGAAGAGGGUCUGGAAGAAAUCGAGCAAACUCUAAGGUAUAUAGACUACAGAAAACUUCAUUUCAAAGGUUAUGAGAACAACAUAGAGCUCUACAUGCCUAAAUUCAAAAUCGCGAGCACGAUUGAUCUUCAACCAAUUCUAGAUAUGAUGGGAAUGCGGAGAAUGUUUCGUGAUCGCGCUGAUUUCAGCGGAAUCACUGAAAAAUUUAUGAAGAUUACUAAAGCGGUGCAGAAAGCUGUCAUUGAAGUUGAUGAAGCUGGAGCUUCUACUGGACUGGUUGGAAGAAUGACAUCUGGAGGAUAUUCUUCACGCAUAGUUCUCAACAGGCCGUUUAUCGUCAAGAUUGUCCAUACUUCAACGAAUACAAUACUUUUACAAGGCCACGUGGUUGAUCCAUCAAAGUAAACCAAUAAAAAAACGAUACAAAUAACGAUUUAUUUAUAUUCAACUGUACAUUC